GAGAGGAAGUGAAGCAAGGAAGAGAACAAACGCAGCAGGGGAGAGAUUCCGGAGAGAAGUGAUUAAGGAAAGAAGACAAGGUGAAAAGCAGUUGGUGUGUGGGGCUACCAUGAUGGAGCACAGACAAUCAAAGAAGAAGGAGAGUGGAGCACAAGGACGGAAAAGACGAAAGUUGGCAGCUGAGGAGGUGAAGAAAUCAAGCCAAGUCCUCUUGACCUUCCUUAAGAAGCCCCAACCAGCUACCUCAAUGCAGUCUGAGGAGUCGCCGGGUCCUUCCACAAGGUUCCCUGUCGCAGAGGUCGGAUCUAGUGCAGUGUUCUCAGGAGCAGAGGAGGACGUGAAGAUGGCUGCAUCAGAGGGGGUUGAGAUGGAGGAGGAUGACGAGAUUUCACCUGGGGAGGCAGAACCUGUCGACAAACCCGAACCCGGUGAGCCGGAGGGUGUCGAGGAGCGUUCGCCUGCCGUGCCAGAAGUAAUCCUACAGCAUGACGUGGGGCUUCUGCCGUUUGAUAAGGAAACCGGGAGACCAUGUAUCCCUGAUGCACUGAGAACACAAAUGGUACAGAUGGGAUUCAGGUAUUUCCAAAAUAGCGAGGGGCCUUUCAAACCCACGCCACCCAAAAACCAUUGCAUGCCCCGAAAGUGGUUCAAGGUGAGAUCGGGAAACGGCCAGGGCAAGGAGGUGACCCGCUCGUGGAUCAUGUAUUCACCCUCCAAAGGGACCGCGUUCUGUUUCUGCUGCCUUCUGUUCUCAAGGUCAGAAUUUCAGUCCGUGUUGGAGAGGGAGUCUGGUUUUGACCAAUGGAAAAAAUAUCGCAGGAUUGCUGUUCAUGAAAGCAGGCGCAAUCAUCGGGAGUGCUUUGUCCGGUGGAAAGUAAUGGAGAACGAUUUGGCCAAGAGCACAAGAAUGAUUCACACUGACCUACAGACUUGGACUGAGGAGCGGCAGAAGCGGCGUGACAUUCUGAGAAGAGUCGUAGAAUGUGUAAAAACCCUUGCGUUCCAGAGCUUGCCUUAUGGAGGCAACAGGGAGUCAUUUCAACUGGAUUAUGAAUCCAGUGUAAGACAUUUCCUGGAGUUAGUUAAGAUGCUGGCGAGCAGUGACUUUGUUAUGAAACAGUACCUUGAUCAUGUCCAAAGUCAGCCAGACUCAGUAUCGUACUUUUCGCCGGAUUUCCAAAACGAAUUCAUCCGCCUCAUGGCUUCUGCGGUUCGUAAGAAUAUACUGAGAAGGAUCCGUUCUGCCAAAUACUACAGCAUCAUGUUUGACUCUGCUCCCGAUCCGGCACACGGUGACCGGAUGUCAGAAGUCGUGAGGUACGUGAAAAUGGACGCUAGGAGCAGAAAAGCCCACGUCAGAGAGUCCUUUCUUGGUUUCAUCUGGACCCGCGAGAAAGAUGCAGAGAGCUUGGCCGGGGAAAUCUUGAGACGGCUGGAGGAGGACCGGUUGGAUCUGAAGGAUUGCCGGUCACAGUGCUACGGCAACGCUGCCAUGAUGACCGGACUCAGAAGUGACGUACAACAAAGAAUAACGGGGAAAAACCAACGGGCGUUGUUUGUGCAUUGUGACAAUCACUCACUCAACUUGGUGGGCGUUCAGGCAUCCUCUCAAGAACCAAAGAUGGGCACAUUUUUUGCAACCUUAGAUGCUCUGAACACUUUUUUUGCACAUUCACAUGAGCAUUGGGCAAGACUCAAAGAGGUUGUGCCUUUGCGUCUCAGGUCGCAGUCCAAAACCAGGUGGAGUGCAGAGGCAAAAGCUGUGAAAUCCGUCCACGUCUAUCUUGAGGAUAUAAUCGAACUUCUCCAGGAGAUAGAAGACGAUCGAGAAGAGACCAGCGCGUCAAUGCGUGAAGCGAAAGUAUUGAUCAGUUGCCUGUUGAGUUACGACUUUCUGACUUAUAUCGGAUUUUGGGACAAGGUACUUGGUCGCAUUGACCUUGUCCAGAGGAGGCUACAGAACCCCGGCACGGACUUUCACGACGCUGCCCAACAUCUUCGAUCUCUCCGGGAUUAUUUUGAGGCUAAAAGAGACAGUUUGGUCAGCGAGUCAAUCGGUGAAGGGCUUGAUCUGUGCCAGAAAUUUAACGUUGAAUUUGAACGUCGUCAGAGAUACAGGAAAGCAACGCCUGGCGAGGGAGCAAGAGACGCCGGGUUGACAGCAACGGAGGAAACGGAAGGAAGCAUGAAGGCGGCGCUUGGUCAUCUUCACAGAGAGAUGAACGAAAGGUUUGCUUGUUUGGACACCAUUGAUACCAACUUUGGGUUCCUCCUUGACACCGAGAAACUGUGUCACGGCGCUGACGUGCAAGACCUAGAGGAGAAGUGUGCGAAUUUCGGCAAUUUCUACUGCAGUGAUGUGGAUGGACAAAUGCUCUACCUAGAUAUUUUGGACAUCAGAAUGAUAUUGUCGGGGCCGAAUGAGCCGCGGGUAUCUAGCCCCGAACAGCUUCUUCAGUUCAUUGCUCAGUUUGGAGAUGCGUCCGCCUACUUCUGCCUCACGGUUGCGAUCCAGAUACUGCUAACCACUGCAGUUUCCAUCGCCAGCUGUGAGCAGUCGCUCAGUAAGUUGAAACUGAUACGUUCCUAUCUGGGAAGCUCGAUGGGUCACCAAAGACUCUGUGAUCUUGCUCUGCUGAGUGUGGAAAGAGAAGAGACAGAGGAGACGAACUUUGAUGAUGUCAUCGACAGAUUUGCUAGCCAGGUGCCCCUGAUGUAGCAAGGUAAGGUUGGAUGGAAAGGCAGAUCCUGCGGUCUCGGUUUGCUGAUUGUGGAGAGAGGACCUACAAAGAUUGAUCCUAGAGAUUAGUAUCUGUAUUGAAUAGUAAAUACAGAGACGUUGUGAGAGAAUCCUUAAUAUGCCAACUCUUGGUGUUUUUAUUGAAAUGUUUGUUAAUUUAAGAAUAGUUCCCAUAACCCAAAGAUAAUACAGGUUUGUGACUUGAACAAAUCCGUACUGCGGAAGACUACUUCCAACUUAUUUUACAGAAAUCUUCGUAUUUUUUUCUGAGUACUAUUCUGAGUGUUUUGUAAAGACUGUAAUAAAACGUUUUGAAAGCA